GUGGUACACGCGUCGUGGUUUCGACUAGAAUCGGGAAACAACCUCCACCGACCUUCCUUUCAUUCCCGUAAUCCGUCUGCGUAGGGUGUGCUCCGGAGCUAGUCUCGGCACACAUUUUAUUAUUAUGAAACAAACCAAAAGCUAGAGAGCUCACGCAGACAUAUUUUUAUAAGAAAAAAAAAAAAAAAAAAAAAAAAAAAUCGGUGAAGCAGGAUUUCAUUUGCCAACCCAAGCAACGCGAAGAAGACGCUACCUUCGGAAAGAACGAAAGACGGAAACGAGAAGAAACGUUAGCAAGCCAAGCAGUUAGCCAUUGUUGAAAGCGUGGGUGAUUACCGUUAGUCAGUUAUAUUGUCAACCGCUUAUUUCUCCCUUUAAGGGCUUUGUCAUUUGAGUAAACGAGAACCUUUGCUUCGUUUACAACUGGUAAUUAAGUUAACUAGCUGACUGAGGCGGAGUACAUAUUCAAAAGUGUGAAGUCUGCGACCUGCAUCGGCUAGGCCACGCUCCGACAUUUUGCUAAUCAAGCUAACUAGCCCACGUUGCUAACUGGUUAGACAGCCAGAGUACGUGUCUGCGCUCAGCCUUUUUGAGAGACCGGGCAGAGGUAUCUCUUUAUACAUCCACGAGGCAUAUAUUGGCUGACUGUUGUCAACAAUAUAUCGAGCUUUAAUAUAACUUCACAGUUUGUACUACUUGAGAGCACACGUCGUCCAACAUGAAUCCCAGCGCGCCUAGCUACCCGAUGGCUUCCCUCUAUGUGGGAGACCUGCACCCAGACGUUACCGAGGCCAUGCUCUACGAGAAAUUCAGCCCGGCCGGGCCCAUCCUGUCCAUCAGGGUGUGCAGAGACAUGAUCACCCGUCGGUCCCUCGGCUAUGCCUAUGUCAACUUCCAGCAGCCGGCUGAUGCUGAGCGAGCCCUGGACACCAUGAACUUCGAUGUGAUCAAAGGCAGGCCCCUCCGCAUCAUGUGGUCUCAGCGUGACCCCUCCUUGAGGAAGAGUGGAGUGGGUAACAUCUUCAUCAAGAACCUGGACAAGUCCAUUGAUAACAAAGCCCUCUACGACACCUUCUCUGCAUUUGGAAACAUCCUUUCCUGCAAGGUGGUUUGUGAUGAAAAUGGCUCAAAGGGUUACGGAUUUGUGCACUUUGAGACCCACGAGGCUGCUGAGCGGGCCAUUGAGAAAAUGAAUGGCAUGUUGCUCAAUGACAGAAAAGUAUUUGUUGGGCGCUUUAAGUCUCGCAAAGAGAGGGAGGCUGAGCUUGGGGCACGUGCCAGAGAGUUUACCAACGUUUACAUCAAGAACUUUGGGGAGGACAUGGAUGACGAGAAGCUAAGGGAGAUGUUUAAUAAAUAUGGACCUGCACUCAGCAUCCGGGUAAUGACUGACGAGAGUGGCAAAUCAAAGGGAUUUGGUUUUGUCAGCUUUGAGAGACACGAAGAUGCACAAAAGGCUGUGGACGACAUGAACGGCAAGGAACUUAAUGGCAGACAGGUGUAUGUGGGCCGCGCACAGAAGAAAGGGGAGCGGCAGAAUGAGCUCAAGCGUAAAUUUGAGCAGAUGAAACAGGAUCGGAUGACCAGAUACCAGGGUGUCAAUCUGUAUGUGAAAAACCUGGAUGAUGGCCUGGACGACGAGCGCCUACGUAAAGAAUUCUCUCCAUUCGGAACCAUAACUAGCGCUAAGGUGAUGAUGGAGGGGGGCCGCAGCAAAGGCUUUGGCUUUGUGUGUUUCUCUUCCCCAGAGGAGGCAACAAAAGCCGUUACAGAAAUGAACGGUCGCAUUGUUGCCACAAAGCCACUGUAUGUGGCCCUUGCCCAGCGUAAGGAGGAGCGUCAAGCCCAUCUAACUAACCAGUACAUGCAGAGGAUGGCCACAGUUCGUGCUGUGCCCAACCCUGUCCUCAACCCAUAUCAGCCUGCCCCACCCUCAGGCUAUUUCAUGGCGGCUAUACCUCAGGCCCAGAACCGUGCUGCAUACUACUCUGCCAACCAGCUGGCGCAGCUUCGCCCGAGCCCCCGUUGGGCCACUCAAGGAGUUCGUCCUCAACACUUCCAAAACAUGCCCAAUGCUAUGCGCCCUUCAGCUCCCAGGCCCCAGACCUUCAACACCAUCCGUCCCACCACCACCCCCAACGCACAGGUCCCGCGCAUGAUGGCGUCCCAGCGCAUGCCCACCCAGGCUCUCGGCCAACGCCCUACCGGUGCGUCAGCCACUGCGGCCCCAGUGCGAGCCAUGCCUCAGUACAAAUACGCCGCCGGUGUGCGCAACCCCCAGCAGCACAUGGCCUCCCAGCCACAGGUCCCCAUGCAGCAGCCUGCUGUCCAUGUCCAAGGACAAGAGCCACUGACUGCCUCCAUGCUGGCUGCUGCUCCUCCUCAGGAACAGAAGCAAAUGCUGGGUGAGCGUCUCUUCCCCCUGAUCCAGAACAUGCACCCCAGCCUCGCCGGCAAGAUCACUGGUAUGCUGCUGGAGAUCGACAACUCUGAACUUCUGCACAUGCUCGAGUCACCUGAGUCGCUUCGCUCAAAGGUGGAUGAAGCUGUUGCUGUGCUCCAGGCCCACCAGGCUAAGGAGGCUGCUCAGAAGUCCACCACCCCUGCUGGAGUUCCCAGCGUCUAAGAUUGAAACCUGCUUCACCGAUGGGAAAAAGAGAAAAAAAUAUUAAACAUUGAAAAACCUAAAACUCUGAAAACAUCGCAAAAUGAUAAAUUAUUUCUUAAAAAAAGAAGAAAACAAUUAAUCUGCCAGGUCUAGAGAUGUUAAAACUAGACCUUGAUCAUAAACAAAAAUUUGUUUGAAAAAAAAUAGCAAAAUAGCAAAAAAUCGAGAUUAUAAAUUUGAAUGCAUUCCUCUGUUUUAAGUCAUUUUACUGUGUCAAUGCUCAGAAUAUCGACCAUGUUCAGGAAGGUGAUAGCUGAGCAUUAUGAAAGGUGAUUUGUAUUGUAAACUGCUGGCUGUAAUAAAAUUCUCAUUCAAAA